CAUUUGAUUUGAAGGGCCUCGGGGAAGUGUGUGUGCGCGCGCGCGCGAGCGAGCGUGUGUGUGCGUGCGCGCUCCUCCGCCACAACGAACACAUCAUCCGCUCCAGACAUUGAGGAGAGGAAGAGGAGGACUUGUCGGAUGCUGCGCGUUGACUUUCUCAACAAGUUCUUGUGGGCUUCUCGUGUGCGCGCAGGAGACGAUGGCUGACUGGCUGACUUUGAACUUUGGAGACCUGAACGGCUUCAGCUAAUAGACACCUCCGGAACUACUAUCACAUAUAUUUUAAGAUUCUUUCACCCCUUUUGCUUGUUUCAACUUUGAGUGAAGGCAAGCCUAUGCUUCCUUUUUGUCGUUUUUCCUUUUUGUUUAUUUUUUUAAUGUUUUUUUUUUCGCCAUAGCUCGGGAAGACACGUGCACGCGCACGCAAAUAUAUAAGAUAAAUUCCAUUCUGUGCAGGCGUAAUUUUUUUUUAUUAGUCUGAGAGGGGAGGAGGUGAAGAGAGAGGAGAGGAGGAGGGUGGCUUCUAUCACGCUUUUCUUUCCCUGAGAAAAUUGCCUGUGCGAGAAAGAGGAGUUGAGCUAAUUGUAGCCUAAUCCCUGGCCCAGAGGCGCUCGGGCAGCCCGGAGCCACGUUCUGCUUCUUCUUCAUCCCUUUCUCCUCCUUUUCUCCUACUUCUGGAUUCUUCUUUUGCUACUCCAAAUAAAAGGACAGGAAGACUCAUUUAAAGAAGAAGGACUAAGACGAAGGGGUAGGAAGGACGGCGGCUCAUCUCAUCGAUGUUCAAGGAGGGGCGAAGCAUGUCACGGCUGUCUCUGACCCGGUCCCCGGUCUCCCCGCUUGCCGCCCAGGGCAUCCCUUUGCCGGCGCAGCUCACCAAAGCCAACGCUCCCGUGCACAUCGACGUGGGCGGCCACAUGUACACCAGCAGCCUGGCCACGCUCACCAAGUACCCCGACUCAAGAAUUAGUCGCCUGUUCAACGGUACCGAGCCCAUCGUGCUGGACAGCUUGAAACAGCACUACUUCAUAGAUCGCGACGGUGAGAUAUUCCGCUACAUCCUCAGCUUCCUCAGGACCUGCAAGUUGCUGCUUCCUGAAGACUUUAAGGACUUCCAGCUGCUGUACGAGGAGGCGCGCUACUACCAGCUGACGCCCAUGAUCAAGGAGCUGGAGCGCUGGAAGCAGGAGCGAGAGCAGCGGCGCAUGGCACAGCCCUGCGACUGCCUCGUGGUGCGCGUCACGCCCGACUUGGGCGAGCGGAUCGCCCUGAGCGGCGAGAAGGUCCUCAUCGAAGAGAUCUUCCCGGAGACGGGAGACGUCAUGUGCAACUCGGUCAACGCCGGUUGGAACCAGGACCCCACCCACGUCAUCCGUUUCCCCCUCAACGGCUACUGCAGGCUCAACUCUGUCCAGGUCCUGGAGCGUCUCUUCCAGAAAGGCUUCAGUGUGGCGGCGUCCUGCGGCGGCGGCGUGGACUCGUCGCAAUUCAGCGAGUACGUGUUGUGCCGUGAGGAUCGGCGGAGUCUCUCCAUCAACACGCCCAUCAGGAUAAAACAGGAACCUCUGGACUAGAGACCCGGGAAGGGACCGGCCGGCCAAAUCCACCGGGAGUCCACGUCCGCGCACCCACGCCCAAAUAGCGGAGGCACGUCCCAGCUUCUGAGGGGAAUGUACAUGCAAAAAAAAAAAAAAAAAAAAAGGACAUGGAAAAAUCAAAAAAGGUUUGUAAUUCUGCCCAAAGACCAAGCAAACAAGUCAGCAGCUUACUUGAACUUUUAGGACCACCACAACUGAUCAUCGUGGAGCUUUCCUACUCAGAAGAAGACACCGUCCCAUCAAAUGAAAAAAAAAAAUUAUAAUUUAAAGAAUUACUGGGAUUAUUUUUUAAUCCUUUUUCCAAUAUGAAGGAUGUACAGUAUUGUGUUUGUUAUUUGGGGCUUGUUGGAAGGGUGGGGGGGAGCUUUUUUGUUUUUUGGGGGUUAAAGAAGCGACUGGCAAUCCAUUCGGGAUGGGGUCGCUUUUUCAUUGUAUUUUUAUUCCCCACAAACUCAGUGGGUUUAUGUUCUCCUUCAACAUAUCGCAAGCGGACUUUGAGUCACAGUUUGAAUGAAGGUUUUUUUGUUUUGUUUUUUUCGGGACGACGGCAAGAGUUUACGAGUACAUCUCACCAAGGCAGGAGUUGUACUCUAAAUGUUGGGUCACAUUUGAUUUUAAUUUGCACUUAAUUGUCUCCCACCUCAUGGUUUUGCUGUGUACACAUGGACACACGCAUUUGAACACUUUUUUCAAUACUAAUACUAUAUUUAUUCCAUCCAUCCAUCCAUUUUCUGAGCCGCUUACCCUCUUGAGGGUCACGGGAAUGCUGGAGCCUAUCCCAGCCUUCCACGAACAGGAGGCAGGGUACACCUUGAACUGGUUGCCAGCCAAUCGCAGGGCACAUAGAAAAAAACAACUAUUCGCACUCAUAAUUCUCUCGCAAAAAAACAAACAAACAAACAAACAAAAAAAAGUACAUCGCUGUCCAAUUAGGAGAUAGCAAUUCCUACAUUUAUAGAUAGCUACUGUGUGUGUGCGUGUGUGUGUGUGUGUGUGUGUGUGUGUGUGUGUGUGUGUGUGUGUGCAUAAAAUGGGCAACAAUAGCAAACUGAAGGAAAGGGACAUAAUUUGUGUAGUUAAAAAAUCACUAAAAGAAUCCAUACAAUUUAUUUAAAAUAUCAUUUGAUUUGGGGGCACGGUGGGUCAGCUGGUAAAGGAUUGGCCUCACAGUACUUUCAAGAAAUAAAAUCUGGAAAAAAAGAUUUGUUCUUUGGCGAAAUGGUGGAGCAACUGGUUACAGCGUUACCCCCACAGUUCUGAGGACCGGGGUUCAAAUCCUGGGACGCCUGUGUGGAGUUUGAAUGUUUUCCCCGUGCAUGCGUGUGUUUUCUUCGGGCACUCCGGUGUCCUCCCACAUCCUAGAAACAUGCAACAUUAAUUGGACACUCUAAAUUGCCUCUAGGUGUGAUUGUGAGUGCGGCUGUUUGUGUCGAUGUGCCCUGUGAUUGGCUGGCAACCACUUCAGGGUGUACCCCGCCUCCUACACUCGUGAGUAUAAGCGGCAAAGAAAAUGGAUGGAUGGGUGGAUGUCAUUUGAGUUCAUAUUCAAUUGGAUUUUGAAAAAGCAUAAAAAAAAUUGUUCAUGUGGACAACACUGUAGGUACCAAAGCUGAAAGGGUGCAUAUUUUAUCGAUUGUACAAAGUUUUUUUUUGUUGUUUUUUUUAACAACAGUAUGUAUAAAAAUAACUAAAAUAAAGGGGCAGUGCUGGUUCCAAAGAUCUCUGACUAACUUAAGCGAAGAAGUCACAGAGCCAGCAACUGACCUGAGGUGCGCCAUUUUGGGCAGAGAGAAUUUCGUGUGCGUCAUGUUCCACAUGCUUUUUGAUGCAAAAGAUUGGAUGUUUGAGGGUGCUUUUGUUGUUGUUUUUUUUUUUUUUGUAAAGUGUCUUUUUUUAACACCCUCGAUUGGAAGAAAGCCGGCCGUGGCAUGGGCCUCCCACACUCCCCAACAAAGCAGUACUGGCUCUUCUCCGUGGGAGUCGCUCUUAAAGUCCAAGCACACUUGUCACAAGGAUUUUGUGAUCCUGCGCCAGUGGAAAUGAAGACCCCCCCCAAAAAAAAAAUAAAAAAAAUUAAAAGAUUUCCCUGGAAAGGAUGUUUUCCAGGGUUCAAUUUGAACCUACUGAAGACGCAGUUCUCCUCUGCACGGGGUCUUAUUUAUUUGGUUUGGCAGCAAUAAACGCAACCCUCGGACCACUUGGAACCACAUGAUCUCACGGGCCAGUGUUCUGCACACGCAAUUUUACCGUUAAAAAAAAAAGUGAAAAGCAUCACGUUGUGUACAUAUGGACUGAGGUGUUUCAAAGGGUAUUAUAAUAACAAUAAUAAUGUACAUUAUUUAAAGUGUUGAACAACAAUUAGACUGUGGUGUUAAAGGGCAUGUGUUCAUUUUGCAGUGUCUUCUUCAUUUGACU